AUGGAAACAAUAAAUAUUUUUAUUCCAACCUUAAGGAAAAAAAACAAGCAGAUUACCUUGGAUAGACUUAAAGAUAGUAAUGGAACUAGGCUUACAGAGUUUAAGGAUAUUGAAAAAGAGAUUUUUCAAUUCUAUGGAAAGCUGGUUGGUACAAGUACAUCAAAGGUAAUACAUGUGGAUAUUGAGGCUAUUAAGAGAGGUCCUUUACUAAGUACUGAAAAGGUUAAUAGUCUUAUCUUACCUGUAACUGAGGCUGAAAUCUGGCAAGUUCUGAAUGGUAUUGGUGAUUGCAAAGCUCCAAGUGUGGAUGGCUAUAAUGCUAGAUUUUUUAAACAAAGUUGGGAAAGUAUCAAGGAUGUUGUACUUAGGGUUGUCCAAGAGUUCUUCUACCACAAGAGGAUAUACACUGAAGCAAACUGUUCCUUGGUCACCCUUAUACCUAAGACAAAAAAUGCAAAGCUGAUAAAAGAUCUUAGGCCCAUAGCUUGCUGUUCUACUCUAUAA